AUGCUGCUCGGUGUUACUGCCCUGGCUUUCAACCUCAUCAACCACUUCUACCCGGAGGCGACCACCUAUCAACAACGCAACACCUGCAGGGCUCUCAGCCAACACUGUAACAUGUCAAUUCCCGCCCAAGGAUCAGUCUAUUCUCCUCUCGACCACUCAACAUCACAAAUCCGCCUCAUCAUUUUACAGCCUUGCCUCGACCCACAUGACGACGAGAUUCGCUGUUCUCUCAGCCUCGCAGAUCUUGAAGAUGAAAAUUGUGUUUAUGAAGCGCUGUCUUAUGAGUGGGGUCCCCGAACGGAUACUCCUUUACACAUCUGGCUUGAUGACCGCAGAUUUGCUGUGAGGCCAAACCUGUGGUCUGCGCUGUGGCACUUGAGGGAAGGCGAAAAGAAUGGGGUGAAUGGGCGAGCUAGGGUUCUUUGGAUUGAUGCGCUGUGUAUUGAUCAGGAAAAUGAGAGGGAGCGUAAUCAUCAGGUUCGCCAGAUGGGAACAAUCUACGAGCACGCCACUCGAGUUGUUGCAUGGACAGGACCUGCAACACAAGGUCAAAAGUAUCUCAUUGCAACAAGCUUACAUCUCAAAUUUGACGUACAGAAGGCAUUUGAAUUUGUUGAACAACUUUAUGGUACAGUGGCGACAAGAAAUUGGUAUGACGAUGAACAAGCUACCUGGGGCAUUAAUCGUCUGUCUUAUCGCGACAUCGAGCCACAAGAUACCAGGCAUGCUAUUUCCAACAAUGAUCAUCGUUGGGGGCUGCUGUUUCAAGUCCUUCAGAUGCCUUACUGGAGGCGGCUGUGGAUCACACAAGAACUCGUUCUUGCAAAAGAUGUCAUUAUACAGUUUGGGACCUCCUCACUAUCAUUCGUUGCCUUAGAGCACGUACUUGGACAGAGUCUCCGAUGGGACAUGAGCCUCAGAUGGGGUGCCAGGAGAGCCGCCUAUAUCAGCAGUGAAGUCAGAGCCUUUCUCAACAACUCGCCCGCCGCGAUUUCACUCGGCAGUACUACCGCCUUCAAAAUCGCUCAGCAACGAUUCGAAAGAAGGGACAGUAUCCUCCAGGCGAAUACGAUCUUGAAUCUAUGCUUUAUAUACCGUCAAGCUCUGUGCAUAGAUCUGAAGGACAAGAUAUUUGCACUUCUGGGAAUGAGCCAACCAUGCUGCCAGAAAGCAGUUCCUGUCGACUACGGCGCGUUGCCAAUGCAGAUAUGUUACUCUGUCAUGACACACCAGCUUCGAGAUCAUCACAGUCAUUUUCUGAAAUUCACGGACAGUAGUCCUGAUGGGAAGGCGGAACUCUUCAACAUCGUGAAAGCGGUCUUCGAUCUUUUCGAGGAUUCUUCUGCAACACCGCGCUUCCUUCUUGAUAAUGCAUUUACGGAUUCAUGUGCUAAGGGGACAGUGGCGAGGUUGGUUGGUAGGAAAGUCGGCAGGAUAUCUCUUCCACUCGACGGAAAGAUAAAAGUCGAGAAGGUGUUCAGUAUCAUUCAAAGUACGAAUAGCGGGACAUGUCCCGAAGAAUGCUCAGAGCUUCAGAAGGGAGACUCCGUUUUCGCUCUCAACUCUCACGAUAUCCUAAUACUACGCUCAUCGGAUCGGUCGAAGGAACUCCAGUUGAUCGGAUCCGGCACAUUAAGGAAAUCGUUACCAUUGUACGACGCCAGCGGGAGGAUGCCUGAUCUUGAUUUCUUGUUUAUGGAUGUUGAGUCGCUGCGGAUGUUGUGUCGGGUUUCUCCUACGGGUGCGAAAUACUUACUGGUUGGAGAGACCUGCUACGGGUGUUUGGACUGUUCGAAGAGUCGGUUCAGAUUUGACCUGUGA